AAAAAUACUACCUACAACAACAAUUUUAUGCAACGUCUUCUUUCCUUCGCUCUAUUUGUUUGCAUUCAACAUCCGCAGUAAUUGUCUUCAUAAUUUGUAUAUUCGCACGUAGCAAGCCCCCGCGAUUUAGGUGAUCAAAACGAAACGAACAACAAGUUUCCGUCAAGCCUUUUCUUCUCCUCCCCGCCGCCGUGCCGCAGAAAAGAAACAUGAGCUCCGAGACCGUCGAGAAGAAGAUGUCCCCGGCCACGCGCGAAGUACUGGGUAAGGUGCGGCAGCUGGUACCGCCGAUGCUGGAGAAGUUUCACAAAGGACAGUUGGGCCGCAUCGCUGUGAUUGGAGGUAGCGAGGACUAUACGGGCGCGCCGUAUUUCUCUGCCAUGGCGAGUGCUCGCCUGGGAUGUGAUAUGUCCCACGUCAUAUGCACGCCCGGCGCCGCCGCCGUGAUCAAGACCUACAGCCCGAACCUGAUGGUGCACCCGCUCAUGCGACAGUCCCCUCCGCCCGGCUCCGACCCCAAGUCCCAUAACCCCGCGGACACGGACGCUUCCCAAGUCUCCAGCAGGAUCAUCGACAUGCUGCCGCGGCUGCACGUGCUGGUCGUAGGCCCCGGGUUGGGGCGGGACCCGCUGAUGCACGAGACGUGCGCGAAGGUGCUCGCCGCCGCGCGCGAGCGCCGGAUGCCCGUGGUGCUGGACGCGGACGCGCUGGCGCUCGUGCUCAAGACGCCGGAGCUGGUGAUGGGGUGGCGGGAGGUUGUGCUCACGCCCAACGUAGUCGAGUUCGGCAGGCUGUGGAAAGGCAUCAAGAGAGAGGACGAAGGGGCCGGCAGUAGCGGGGCGGAUUCGCCGGACCAGGUCGAGGCGCUGUCGCGCGCGCUCGGCGGGGUGACGAUCGUGCAGAAGGGCGGGAAGGACUUCAUCAGCAACGGCGAGACGACGCUCACGGUCGACCUGAGAGGCGGGUAUAAGCGCAGCGGCGGCCAGGGAGACACCCUGACGGGGAGCAUCGCGACGUUCCUGGCCUGGCGCAAGGCUUACCUCGAUAAGAUCUGGGAUCACGGCGGGAGUCUGAGCGAGGGGGAGACGCUUGGGUUGGCUGCUUUCGGAGGCGCGGCUAUUACGAGGGAAUGUUCCCGCCUAGCCUUUGAGAAGAAGGGUAGGAGUCUACAGGCUAGCGAUCUGACGGACGAGGUUCACACGGCGUUCUUGAAUGUGAUCGGGGAGCCUACUCCAAAGCAAGAUUAGAACCAGCCGUAGUCCAGGACCGACAACACAGCCGCGACUGUGAGCCGAGAUAUGUUCUAGUAUGAAGAUGGUGGAUAACCGAUGCCACUGCAUUCGACUACUGCAUCUAAAACUUUUAACUAAGCGCAAAAUGCUUUAUCGUCAGCGGAAUAUAGGACGCAUGAGCUCAUUUGGUGCACUUCUACGAAAUAUUCACUUGUACAUAUACUGUUUCUAGUAGAGAUCCAAUGAGUACCUACGCAUGAACAUGAUAUACGAUCUCUUGCCUCA